UCUGGAUUGCUCAAACUUGUGACAACAUUCUGGUGGAAUUGACUGGACAAUGCGUCGCUCAAUCAUCCCGGGGUUGCUGAUCCCCUCCGUGGCCAGCUUCACGAUUCCCAUUCCCCAACACUGGCUUACCUCCGGGCUCAACUCGGAUCAAGGCCUCUGCCCCCUGGCCCCCAAGGUCGAAUUUCCCGAGGACGACCUUCUCUCGCCGUUGCGGUUCGUUCAGGAUGAGUCGUUCCUGUCGCUGCAGGCAGACCGUCUCUCGCGGGCCGUGCAGGUCCCCACGACGGUCAAUGACUACAUGAAAGACCCAUACGACGACAAGUUCGCACCAUUCCUCGACUUCCAUGAACUCCUCGAAACUCUCUUUCCCCAUACACACGCAAAGGCCCGCGUCGACCGCGUCAAUCGCCUAGGCCUCGUCUACACCCUCAAUGGCACCGACACCUCCCGUAAACCACUCCUCUUCACCGCCCACCAGGAUGUCGUCCCCAUUAUUGACCCCUCUGACUGGACGCACCCGCCAUUCGCGGGUCAUUUCGACGGCGAGUGGCUGUGGGGCCGCGGCGCCAGCGACUGCAAGAACGUCCUCAUCGGGCUGCUAUCCGUGAUCGAGGACCUCCUACAGCAAGACUGGCAGCCCACCCGCACGGUGGUUCUCGCAUUCGGGUUCGACGAAGAGUCUCACGGGUUCCUAGGCGCCGGCUCAAUCGCCACCUUCCUCGAGGAGAAGUACGGGCGCGACAGCUUCGAGUUCAUCCUCGACGAAGGCGGCAUGGGUCUCCAGGAACUCGACGACACAGACAGCGAACCCGGCGUGCUCUACGCCCUCCCCGGCGUCGGCGAAAAGGGCGCCCUCGACGUAGUGCUCACCCUCGACGUCCCCGGCGGCCACAGCUCCAUCCCGCCGCCCCACACGGGCAUCGGCAUCCUCUCUGAGAUCAUCUACGAACUAGAGCGCCAGGAUCUCUUCGUCCCCGUACUAGACGACGCACACCCAUCCCGCCGCAUGCUCGAAUGCCAAGUCCGCCACUCCCCCAACGCCGUCGAGCCCUGGCUCGCCUCCGCCCUCCAGUCAACCGACCACAUCGCCCUCGCCGAGAAACUCGCCCAGUCCCGCGGCGAGCCCGUGCGCUUCACUCUGCAAACCUCCCAAGCAGCAGACAUCAUCACAGGCGGAGUCAAAUCCAACGCGCUACCUGAAAAAAUCUCCGCCGUAGUCAACUACCGCGUCGCACUGCACCAAACGCCCGAGCUCGUCCAAGAGCGCGCUCAGCGCCUCGUCGCCCCCAUCGCGCAAAAGCACAACCUCACCACAUCCUUCUUCCCAACCGACAACGUCCCCAACCCGUCCCAAGCCCAGAACCACCUCGCGCUGACAGUCCUGAGCGCCCCGCUCGCGCCCGCGCCCAUCAGCCCCACCGCUACGAACGAAGACGCCGUGUGGACCCGCUUCGCGGGCACCGUGCGCUCCGCCUUCGAGUCCGUCCCCAGCCUGCAGGGCCGCACUGUCGUCGUCAGCGGGGAUAUCAUGACCGGUAACACCGACACCCGGUUUUAUUGGGGCCUGACGCGCAAUAUCUACCGGUGGAGUCCGUCGCGGCAGGGCCGGACGUUCAAUAUCCAUACUGUGGAUGAGAGGAUCGGUAUGGAUGCGCAUUUGGAGGCUAUGGUGUUGUAUUAUGAUCUGAUUCGAGCUUUCGACGCCUGGGAUGGGACGGAUGAUGUCGUGCUGCCUGACCUCUGAGUCUAUCAAGCAUGACACUUGAUACGCUAUAUAGACGGAAUAUACACGAUUAGGAUAUUCACGUCUGACGAAGCUUACAUAGGAUAACAUUACAGUUUUGAUGAAGUAGCAUCUAGAUAGUAUACCAAAAC